GCGCACAGCACAGCGGAGGCCACAAGAGCGCCAGGAUGUCGCUCGGGAUGAGCCCAGCCUCCCUGCUGCUUCUCCUCCUCUGUCUACAUGGCGCCCUGGCCCUGAAGCUCUGUUCCUUCAACGUCAGGUCCUUUGGGUACAGCAAGCGGGAAAACCGCCAGGCCAUGGAUGUCAUUGUCAAGAUCAUCAAACGCUGCGACAUCAUACUCCUGAUGGAAAUCAAGGACAGCAACAACAUGAUCUGCCCCAUGCUGAUGGAGAAGCUGAAUGGAAAUUCAAGGAGAGGCAUAACAUACAACUAUGUGAUUAGCUCUCGGCUCGGAAGAAAUGUCUAUAAAGAACAGUAUGCCUUUCUCUAUAAGGAAAAGCUGGUGACUGUGAAGAAAAACUAUCUCUACCAUGACUAUGAGGCUGGAGAUGCGGACGUGUUUUCCAGGGAGCCCUACGUAGUCUGGUUCCAGUCGCCUUUCACUGCUGUCAAGGACUUCGUGAUUGUGCCCCUGCACACCAGCCCUGAGGCAUCUGUGAAAGAGAUCGAUGAGCUGGUUGAUGUUUACAUGGACGUGAAACGUCGCUGGAACGCUGAGAAUUUCAUUUUCAUGGGUGACUUCAAUGCCGGCUGUAGCUAUGUCCCCAAGAAAGCCUGGAAAAACAUCCGCUUGAGGACCGACCCCAAAUUUGUUUGGCUGAUUGGGGAUGAAGAGGACACCACGGUCAAGAAGAGCACCAGCUGUGCAUACGACAGGAUCGUGCUCCGAGGACAGGACAUCAUCAGAUCUGUGGUUCCUGAUUCCAAUGGCGUCUUUGACUUCAGGAAAGCUUACAAGCUGACAGAGGAGGAGGCCCUGGACGUCAGUGACCACUUUCCAGUCGAAUUUAAACUGCAGUCUUCAAGAGCCUUCGCCAACAGCAAAAACUCUGUCCAGCCAAGGAAGAAAACAAAGGCCAGGCGCUCCUAGAUACAAAGGCACCAUUUUAUUAACCACUUCUUGCCUCUAAAUAAACUGCUCUAACAGGUGGGAACUGCUCCCUGCACCCUUGGGAGACAGGACUGGUCCAACUGC